UCAAGGCGCUCUUUCAUUUGCUUGUAUAUAUUUUGGAGACUUGGAGACACGUUGCGGUCGAAAGAAAGCUGCUAUGAAGGCAAUGAAAUAAAUUUCACCUCAGGACAGUUGUGCAAUUAAUAUUUAAGAUAUUUUCCAUAUUUCAUAUGCAAGGGAUAAAUGUUUCUUUUCUAAAAGCAUUAACAUGUAAUUCCGGGAAAUAAUUUUCACAGUUGUUUUUUGCGAAUGUGUUUAUUUUUGGGAACCGCUCGUUUGCAGUAGCUGGACUAAAUUUACGCGCGCGCUCUUUUAACAACAGCAGGUGUCGGAGCCACGCAAAACUGGAUUUUUAAUUAACGCUGUUUAUGUGGGGAACAAGACGGGAAUGUGAGAGCAGGCUGCACUGUGAGCGCGUGAGUGGAGGAAGCACAUCUCCACCUGAGGGAUCACGCGCGUGCGCGCGCUGUAUUGACAACCACUGCUGAGAAUUACAAAUUGAAGAAAGAGAAAAAGAAACUCAUUCACCUAACUGACUAAUGGAGAUUCACAAGUACCUGCUGCUGUUGAAGAUCACUGUUCUUCUCAAAGGGCUGUGUGAGUGUUUUAAUAUUGAUGUGAAGAGGCCACGGAUCUUCAGUGGGCCUGAAGAUGCUCUGUUCGGCUUCUCUGUGUUACAGCAUGAGAACAAUGGAGAGAAAUCAAUUCUGGUUGGUGCUCCAUGGGAUGGACCACAAAAUAGCAGGAAGGGGGAUAUUUACAAGUGCGUUGUGGGAGAUGAGAUAAAUUCCAAUUGUUCAAAAGUUAACCUAGGUGAAAAUGCAUUUCAGAACGUUUCUCGAAAUCUUAAAAACUCUCAUUUGGGGAUGACGCUAACCCCUGCUGCUUCAGAUGGCUUCCUGGCCUGCGCUCCACUAUGGUCCCAGGAAUGUGGUACAUCUCUGUUCAGCACAGGAAUCUGUGCGUCUGUCACCAAUGACAUGGAGCCCAAGGAUGUCAUUGCACCCACUGCCCAGAGAUGCACCACAUACAUGGAUAUAGUGAUUGUUUUAGAUGGUUCUAAUAGUAUCUACCCUUGGUACGAAGUGCAGAACUUUCUUAGCAACAUUCUCAGCAAGUUCCACAUAAGCCCUGAACAAAUGCAGGUAGGUGUCCUGCAAUAUGGGGAGAUCUCAGUCCACGAGUGGUCUCUCAGGGACUAUCAGACAACACAGGAUGUGGUUGAAGCCGCCAAGAACAUCAGUCGUCAAGAGGGACGGGAGACCCGCACCGCAUACGCCAUCCAAAUGGCUUGCACUGAGGCCUUUAGUCCAGACAGAGGAGCGAGAGGGGCCACUAAAGUGAUGAUAGUCGUGACAGAUGGAGAGUCCCAUGAUGGCGAAGACCUUCUUGAUUCCUUGGCUGAAUGUGAAAAACGUAACAUCACCAGAUACGCCAUCGCUGUAUUAGGUCACUACAUCCGCAGACAGCAAGAUCCAGAGACCUUUAUCAAUGAGAUUAAGUACAUUGCCAGUGACCCCGAUGAGAAAUACUUCUUCAAUGUGACGGAUGAAGCUGCUCUAAAUGACAUUGUAGAUGCAUUGGGGGAUCGCAUUUUUAGUCUAGAGGGGACCCUGGGAUACAAUGAAAGUGCCUUUCUCAUGGAGAUGUCUCAGAUUGGUUUUUCGACACACAUUUUGGAUGAUGGCAUCUUAUUUGGCAUGGUGGGUGCAUAUGACUGGGAGGGAGGCGUCCUGAAGGAGAGCAAAGAAGGGCAGCUCAAGCCCUCAAGAGAAGCCUUCGAGAAAGAGUUCCCAUUGGAGCUGAAGAACCACGCAGCCUACCUAGGUUACACAGUGUCAUCAGUGAUUGUAGGUGACUGGAGGAGGUUGUAUGUUGCUGGUGCACCUAGAUUCAAGCACAAAGGAAAGGUCAUCCUGUUUGACCUCACCCCUGAAGGCGAUGUCUUAAUUACACAAGCCCUAAAUGGAGAACAGAUUGGCUCAUAUUUUGGCAGUGAGGUGUGCGUGGUGGAUGUGGAUCAGGACGGAAUAACAGACAUCCUGCUCAUAGCUGCUCCCAUGUUCCUGGGAGCAGGAAACAAAGAAACAGGCAAAGUCUAUGUCUACUGUCUGGAUGGGGAUGGUUUUGCUCCUAACGGUACGCUACAUUCUCAGAAGAAAGCACAAGAUGCACGCUUUGGUUAUGCUAUGGCUGUAGCCCCUGACCUAAACCAUGACGGAUACGCUGACCUGCUCGUGGGAGCUCCGCUAGAGGAUGACCACCAGGGAGCUCUUUACAUAUACCACGGCGACGAAUACUACAUUAUUCCUCAGUAUAAACAACGUAUCCCAGGCUCCUCUCUCUCUGCAGGGCUGCAGUAUUUUGGCCGUAGCCUGAGCGCUCUGCUGGAUCUGGAUGGGGAUGAGUUACUGGAUCUUGCUGUGGGAGCACAGGGCACUGCCGUCCUACUGAAGUCACGCAGUAUAGUGCAGAUCAACGUCAGCCUGUCCUUCCAGCCACACUCCAUAAAUGUGAUACAGAAGAAUUGCCACAGGGCUGGACGAGACUCCGCAUGCCUUAACGCCACAGUUUGCUUUCUGGCCCUGUCUCGCUCUCCUGGCUCUUUGGGCACAUAUUUUGAUAUGCAGAUGGGGGCCAUGUUGGAUGACAGAAAGAUCUUGGCUCGUGCUCUGUUUGACUACAACUCCCAGCGUCAGACUCUAAUGGGCGUCACUGUUCGUGUAGGGCAGACCAUGUGCUACACGCUACCAUUUCACGUCUUUGAUACAGCUGAUUACAUCCGACCAAUCAGCUUCACUUUGCGCUUCAAAAUCAAUGACACAGAGAGCGGCCCGGUACUAGAUGAGGGCUGGCCGACAACAUUCAAGAAGUCUAUCCCAUUCUUCAAAGACUGUGGGGAGGAUGAUGUGUGUGUAACUGAUCUGGUUUUACAGGCCCAUAUGGACAUUUCUGGAACAAGGCAGCAACCGUAUGUUAUACGCAGCCCUCGGCGACGGCUUGCAGUAGAAGUGCAGCUACAAAACCGGCUAGAAAAUGCCUAUAACACUAGUCUCACUCUUCAUUACUCUAAAAACCUGCACUUCAGCAGUCUGAGUAUACGGGAAGACGCUCAGUUUAAGAUUGAAUGCACGGCUCUAAGCUCAAACAGUCACUCCUGUAAUGUCAGUUACCCAGUGUUCCGCUCUCAGUCGAAGGUGAACUUCAUGUUGGAAUUUGAGUUCAGUUGUACGUCUCUCAUCAGUAAGGUCCAGAUGAAGCUUGUUGCUUCAAGUGACAGUGUGGAGAGUGAAGGCACACUUUCGGACAACAGUGUACAGUUACAGAGUAUUGUACAGUAUGAACCAGAUCUCUUCAUCACAAGUGACUCCAACCUGAACCGCUAUGAGGUCCACCCAACCAGAACCGUGUCUGAGGGGACAGGACCCGAGUUCUACACACAUUUCAGGGUGCAGAAUCUGGGCUGUUACGCCGUCAGUAAUCUGGAGCUGAGUGUUAAUUUGCCUGCCGUGGCUUCAGGAGACAGAGUUUUCGCGAUCGUGGUUGAUGCUUUCUCUCAUAAUUCUUCAGGUGUGAACUGCAGUAUAGUUAGUGAUCUUUCCAAGUUAAAGUCCAGCCAGAGAGAUGUGCGUCCACUUCACCCAGAAGACAUGAAGAAAACUGAACUAUUGAACUGCACUUCCUCAUGGUGUGUGGAGGUCGUGUGUCACAUCCAACAGCUAUUGAAAGGACAGACAGCCUUGAUCCGCAUCACCAGGAGGAUACAUGACAACUUCUUCAGACAGGCCAAGUUUAAAGCAGUGACAAUAGUGGGCUCUUACCAGCUGUCUGCUCGGGAGUCUAGUCUGAUUACGAUGGGAAAUGCUGCCCUCUUGAGGGAGACGGUUUUGGAAGUGCUGAAGGGGCGUUCGAUUCCAAUCUCUCUCUGGAUUCUGAUUGGCAGCAUCAUUGGAGGACUGCUGCUUCUUGCACUCUUAGUAUUCAUCCUUUGGAAGCUGGGGUUUUUCACAAGGAAACAGAGGAAGGAUGAGGAUGAGAACGAUGACAACUGAUGCUGCAGAGCAGACUGAACAGAGUUUCCUUUACAACCAGGAAAUAUGCCUUUUGUAGCCAUUACUUCCCUUUUGAGACAUGACACUUUUGCUCCAGAACCACAAACAAUCCAUUAUCAGGUCCAGGUGGAAUCUACAGACUUAUUCUUCAUUUUCUUUGCUGAUUUUGGGGGAAAAUCUGCAGAAUGGAUUUAAACCUGAUAAAACAUUUCACAUGGAGCUAAGAGUGCUAAAAUGUGCCAAAAUAUUUAAUACAUGAACAUGCAAAGGGAUGCACAAUGUGUAAAACUUUGCGUAUGAUGGGUGUAUCAGUUCAGGUCAGUCAAGUACGUUAUUGUCUCACACCUAACAUUUUAUUUGGAUUCUGUCGUGGCAUCAAAAAGCACAAGAAUCCAAUUGUAUCACAAAAGGAAGAGAAAGAAG